AUGCACUGGGUGUUGUUCGCCCUGGUGGCACUGCUGGUGACGUGCCACAACGUGCGUGCCGAGAACAUCCUGUUCCUGCAGUCUACACCGUCGAAAAGUCACCAUAUCUGGAACCGGCAGAUAUUCGACCGGCUGUACGAUAAUGGGCACAAUCUGACCAUCCUAUCGUUCGAAACGGAACAGUCCGUGCCGGGCAAGACGUUUCUCGUGAUGGAAGGUUUCAACGAGAAGAUGAUGGCCGCCUUCUCGGACGGGUCGUCGGAUUUUUCCACCUACGAGAACCCGUUCGGUAACAUCAUGAACGUGUACCAGUUCUACACCGUCGCGAGCCGGAUUCUCGAGGAGGAGAAUGCCAUCCAGCGGUUGCUCGAGUAUCCGAGGACGUUCCGGUUCGAUCUGGUCAUCCACGAUUUCACGAUGGGCCAGUUUCUGUUGGGCUUCCUGGAGUACUUCAACAACCCACCGCUGGUGUCCGUUUCACCGUACAACAUCCCGUCCUAUACGCAGUACCUGGCUGACGUGCCACUCUACCCAACGUACGUGCCACAUCCGGCGUCCAGUUUCGGUUCGCGGAUGGACUUUAUCGAGCGGGUCAAGAACACGGUGUACUGGGGCUUCGACAUGCUGUACCGCCAGCAGGUGUUUAUGCCUGCCGAACAGCAGCGCAUGAGACGAGUCUUUCCGGGAACCAAUCUGACGCACGUGAAGCUGCUGGAACGCCGUUCGGAGCUGGUGCUGGUCAACAGCGAUCCAGCACUCGACUUCUAUCAGCUGCUUCCACCGAACGUCGUGCAAGUGGGCGGAUUGCAUAUCAAGCGAGCGGAAGAUAUGCCACCGAUGAUGCAGCAAUUUAUCGCACGUGCCAGCAAAGGAGUGAUCUUGUUUAGCUUUGGCACGAACGUGCAGAGUGAAAUGUUGGGUCCGGACGUGAACCGUCAGCUGUUGGAGCUGUUUGCCAGCACGCCCGAGUACGGAUUCAUCUGGAAGCACGCGAACGCCGAAAAGCAGAUAAUGCCACCGAACGUACUCAUCACUUCCUGGGUGCCUCAAUCCGCGGUGCUUGCAAACACCCGCACAAAGCUGCUGAUCAGUCACGGUGGGUUGUUAAGUUUGCAGGAAGCCGCCUGGCACGGAGUGCCCGUGAUUGGGGUGCCGUUCUUUGCGGAUCAAUUCUCGAACGUGCGCCGUAUCGAGCAAGCCGGCAUCGGUGUUGGCAUUCCGUCCACUCAGCUUAACGCGGUCAGCCUAAAAGAAGCGAUGGAUAUGAUUCUGAACAACGGCAGCUACCGAGCACGUGCCAAAGAGCUGUCUUACCUGUUCCGGACACAACCCGAGGCACCGCUUGAACGGGCCAUCUUCUGGAUCGAGAAAGUGAUCGCCAGCAAGGGCCUACGAUAUCUGCGAUCACCGACGCGCGAUAUGGCACCGUACCAGGUGUACGGGCUCGAUAUGAUCGCGGUGGUACUGUUGAUCUUGCUCGGGUACUAUCUUAUCUUCAAGCGUCACUCGAAACCGGCCGGUGGAUCUACGCCAAAACCAAAGACGGAGUAA